GAUUUACUUUUCUAAGCUCUGUUAUCUCCGCAAAACUGCUCUUGUAAAACCCUGUCAGUCUAUUUCAGUUUUGAAUGUUGUCGAAGAAGCCUGAUCUUUGUUCCCUUCAGCGUUGCUUUUAUCUUACGGUUGCUGCAGCUGGUGCCACUUGAUCCGGCCAUUGUUUAUAUCUCCUUUGAUGUUCAACAGCGUCUCCAUCUCUAUCUCCGAUGAUGAAUCAGACGAGCUCGCUGGUAAGAUGCGAGUUCGACCUCGAAGGAAACGCAAGAAAUUAAGGUUUCGAGGGCAGGAUGAUUUUUUACGCUGGAUGUUUAAGAAGUUGUUGAAAUGGUGGAUGCUUUUGCUAUUCCUGCCUGCAAUUGGAUUGCUCAUACUCGAGGUGUCGAGAAUCUCAGGAAAGCCCAAUGAGGGGUCGAAAUCGGGAUUUGUUGGAGAAAAGAUAUCGGAGGGAAACUUGAAUCAUCUCAAUCCGACCACAAGAGUGAUUAACGGGGUCAGACAACGUUGCUUGAAGCUUCUACCUUCAGAACAACUCCAGCAUCUGGAUAUACCUUCAGGCGAAGAACCAACCCUUCCUGUCAAAAGAUUGGUAUACAAGUCAGAUAUUGAUUCAUCUUAUGUAGGAGGCAAUGCUACAGUAUUACAGAAACAUACAGAAGCUACACGAUUCAAUUUAUUCACAGGGUACCAAACUCUUCAUGAAAGAGAGCAAAGUUUUAAGGUGAAUGAAACUGCUGUGGUGCAUUGUGGUUUCUACAGUGAAAAUGGAGGAUUUAAGGUUUCUGUUGAGGACAAAAAUUACAUGCAAACUUGCAAAGUUGUUAUCUCUACUUGCACAUUCGGUGGUGGAGAUGAUCUUUAUCAACCUAUAAAUAUGACCGAAGAAUCUCUUAGAAAGGUCUGCUAUGUUGCAUUUUGGGAUGAUAUUACUGUCAAAACCCAGGAAGCAGGGGGAAGGAAAAUUGAUGAGAACCAUAUGAUUGGUAAAUGGCGCAUCGUGGUUGUUAAUGAUCUUCCUUUUUCAGAUCAACGGUUGAAUGGUAAAAUCCCCAAGAUGUUGAGCCAUCGACUAUUCCCUCAAGCAAGGUAUUCAAUUUGGGUAGACUCUAAAUCCCAGUUUCGGAGGGAUCCGUUAGGGGUGCUGGAAGCACUUCUUUGGCGUACAAAUUCUACGCUUGCAAUUUCUGAGCAUGGAGCUCGUAGUAGUGUUUAUGAUGAGGCAAAGGCUGUGGUUAAGAAACACAAAGCGAGCCCAGAAGAAGUUGAGGUGCAGUUGAGCCAGUAUCGCCGUGAUGGUUUCCCUGAUGACAAGAGGUACAAUGGCAAGAAAGCUCUUUCUGAAGCUUCUGUCAUUUUGAGGGAGCACACAGCAUUGACGAAUUUGUUGAUGUGCCUCUGGUUCAACGAGGUGGUUCGUUUCACGUCACGCGAUCAGCUGAGUUUUCCUUAUGUUCUGAGGCAAUUAAAAGUGCUCAAGACUGUAAAUAUGUUCCCUGUCUGUACACGCAAAGAUCUUGUGAAUAGUAUGGGCCACUUGCGCAAGGCUAAACCCCUUAUGAUUUGAGAUUUCUUGGUCCCCAGAUUGGUGAGGGUAGGCAUUGUUUUCAUUCCUGAUUAAUUUGUAGGUGAUUAUUGAACAAGAUUAGUGUAAUGCCUUCAUUUUUCCCACUGUCUUCAUCUUUUGCAUUUUCAUUUAAUUGCAUCUGCAAGUGUGGUGCUCACAUUUACCCAUUGUUUCUGUUUCAUUGCCUCAUA